GCAUUUUGGAUGUACUUAUCUAUUAAGACUUUGUGUGAGAAAUAAUAGAUUAGAAAUAGUAUAAAAAUCUCAUUAAAAUAUAUUGCAAGUUUACAUUUAUCUCUUCUCUUCUGAAUUUUAAAGCGCGCUGUUUGCAUGUAGCUUUAAUUAUAGGAUAUGAGUGUAUAAGUGUACAGCGUAAACCAUUUGCUGCAAAAAAGGCAGUGUUAAAGCUAUAUCAAGCUGGAUUGAAUCUUUCGGUGUUUAAGCAAAGCAGUUGAUUGAUUCCUUAAACAGGAACUAUUGUACUAUGGAUUUUAUCUAUUUUCCUUGUUCAGAUGGUCACGUGGAUUAAAGGUGUUCCCUUCGGUUAGAAUUACAAGUAUAUAUAUCUACGUUUAAAAGGAAAAACAGAUAUACUAUGAAAACCAAAUCGUUGUUUGGCUGGCGCACAUUUUACUUUCAAUAUUACAGAGGAGAGGGGGUAGAAUAUUACAGCUAAUGCUCAGUUCCACAUAGAUCGGUCUGUAUUUAUUUUAAUGCGAAGUCAAUGCAUUGAAAGCGUCGGAACAACUGCUAUGUUUUUGUAGGAAAUUUGAUAGUUUCAUUUGAAAGUGGAUAUUUUGAACCAAAUUUAUAAUUGUCUUCAAACAUUACACGCGGUUAGAGGUUAUCGUCGCUUUACAAUAUGUAAUUUUAAUAUCUGACAUGUUUGAAAUUUUAGAAUGAAAGCCGCAUGCAUUUCAAUGUAGGUUUUCAAACGAUGUUGCUACUUACACCAUUCAAAUGUGUCGAAAAUGUAUCACUUGCAAAGCGAAUUUAAAUUACGAAUUCAUAAAAAUUCGUGUGAGCUGAUAUUUAAAUCAUCGCGGAAUUUGACAUGCUACCAAAGUGGAUAGACAAAAAAUACUGGUUUCGGAUGUUCAGGCAUUUCAUACAAUACGUGUACGGUUUAAAUUAAAGGUGUAGAAAAGAUUGUUAAAUAUAGUGCUGUGAACAACUAAAACUUGGUUAAUAUUUUGUACAAUAUAUAUAAUUAUAAAGUUAAAUUGUGUUACUGUGUGUGGUAAAAGUUACAUAAAUAUCAGUGUGCAAGUGUAAAGUGUCUGUUCGUGCGUGCGUGCGUACGUGUGCCAGGAAUUGAGCGCCCAUGAGGCGUGCAAUGGCCAAUCGCGUACGCGUACAGUCGCCUUAUGAAGUAUGAGGGAAAAGGAACUCCGCUACAGGUCUACCAUUUGCAGGUUGUUGACGCUGCUGCUCAUAGUGCUGGUUGGUGUUGGAAGCGCUGCUAAUCAGGUGAAUGGUGCCAGUCUUGGUCGAGUAAACUCACAGAUAUCAGACGAAACAGAGUCAUCAAAGAGUGACAACAGGAUUGAAAAACGUUCAAGCCCCAUUCAUAGCAUUCUAAAUUUCAACAAAAUAAUUGACAUACAUAAACAGGGUGGUGGGAUAGACCCUCCGACAGGAGAAAUCACAACCCAAAUACGGAAACAUAGACUCAUUAACUUGUGCAAUAAAAAGUUCGUUAAGAUUAUGAAACCGGGCAAGAAGUUCAUUCGUGCUGACGGAGCGUACGACGAGCGAAGCACGAACUUCAGUUACCUUACGUUCGUUUCGUUGCCAAACGGGCACAUCAAUAUCCUCUCGCAAUCCAGCGGCCUAUACCUUUGUUUCAACAAACGUUGGAAGCCUACCGCAGUUUACGAUUUGAAAAAGAAGAAAAACUUGCGGACCUGUGAAUGGGAAGAGGUUUAUUCGGAAGAUCGCGAGCACACACAUUACGUAGCAGCGGGAACACGGAAGCAGAAGCGAUAUCUCGGAUUCCAUAAAUCUGGGAAGGCCCUAAAAGGCAAAGACAUUAAGAAAUUGAAAAAUCGUUCAAAGAAAGACUGUUAUACCUUUAAAAAGGUAGACCUACCUCGAAGAGAGUCGAACGUUGAACGGUGUACGCCCAAGCCCGGUAGAGGGCCCCUUGAAAUGAAUAACUGUGAUAGAAACAACUUUGAAAACAUUUUUUUCGAUUUAAAUAAAAUUCGGCGAAAACGGCAUCACAAAAAGCACCGGAAUGGCUGAACGAUUUUAGGCAAUAUUUAGGUUUUCAGUUGUUAGGGUUAAAGUGUUUAAAUACGAAAUAACCUGACACAUGUAUAGGUGACCUCAGUCGUCCCAUCAGCGGGACAAUUCUGAGAGAUCAAAGUAAUCACCAACCGUGUUCAACAUUACCUCAGCGUCAAUGAGAUGUUGAUCUUUGGUCAGUAACGGAGUGCUUUCAGGGGGGGAAGAAACUUGGCCCGCCCCUGCUGACAUGGGGCCGGCGGUCGUUGUGUGGGAUCAAUGUCCACGAGAUUUGACACAUGGUCUAAUUAUGUAGACAGGUGCUAAUGAGAGGACGAAAGGACGCAAAUAAUAACACAUAUCGUACUUAUGACACACAAAAAACACUUCAUUAUUUGGUACAUGAUGUAACUAUUAUAAUUUAUGUGAUUUUACGAACAAAAACGAGUCUAGUGGAGUAAAACUUACAAUGUUGAGGUCGUGAAACACUAUUUGUUCGGGUACGUGUACGUGUGGACUACUUCCUGUGCACUACGUCAUCGCUUAUUGUGUACUAUAAACAAUUUUUGAAUGUCAUGUAUAAUAACACGAGAAAAAUGAUUUUUGCGAAUGUCAGCUAGCCGUAAAAUCUCGCAAUCGACUUUUAAAUUCAACUGCAACUUUUACACGUACGUGUAGCUACACGUAGACGUACACCAAACAUAGUGUUUCGCAAGCUCUCUAUGAUAAUGGUGCUUCAAUACGCGCAUUUAGUACGGUUCCCUGUAUAACUAUAUAUGUGCAAUGGUCGAUAACUGUCGAAGAUGACCUGACUUUUACUUAUUGCUUAAAUAGAAGUUAUGGAUCUUUUAAAAUUGUAAAGUAAUGGAUCUUUUAUAAUUGUAAUUAAAAUCUAGGGCAUUCGAAUAUCUCGUGAUCCAGCUGUGAAAUCGAGGGGUUCGAUAGUUCAAUGUCGCUUGAUAUCUGAUGGCAUUAUCCUAAUCUUACAACAAUUCAAGUUGAUCUGCUAGGACAGGGUAGUGGCAAAAACGUACAGAAAAAACGUUACUAUUUUACGGUUCCUGAUCAUGAUCAAUUUAUGAAAUAUCUAUAAAGAAUUGGCCCGAUUGUUCACAGCUUUAUUAUAGUUAACAAAGUUGCUAACUUCAUCGUUGUUAACUUUCAAAUCGUUAACGUUUUAAUAAUUAUGGAUACACGUACUAACUACUGUAUUUCUAAAAAGAUUUGAGCUGUUCUUAUUGUUUCUGUUUUUUAUAUUUUUAUAUGUAAUCGAUCAACAAAUAUUUCACGUUGAAAAAGUGUCGUAACGAUGUCGUAAUUCACGUUGUUUACUUUAACAAAGUUCUGAACGAUCCGGCCAUAGUUUUAUGUUUAUGUCCAAAGAUUGUUUGCUACAAAUUAUCUAAAUACCAGAAGCUAAAUUCCAGACGCAAAGAAGAGACUCAAUAUAAAAUGUCAGGACCGUUCGCUAAAUCGACCUUUUCUUAUUUAACAGACAUGACAGUCAGUUAAUUGCACUAGACUCAUAAACUCUACAAAUCAUUUGUCUACAAACUUAUUUAUUAGCUUACGUUCGGUAAGCUUUUACUUACAUAUGCGGAAUGUUCCUUUGAAGUCCAAAUGUGGCCAGUCACUUUCGACAAUUUAUCUAUCGUUUUUGCUUAUUUAGUUAUUCAAUUUAUAUUGCCAGUUUUCAAAAAAAAAAUAACGCCAGUACAAUAGUCGCCAAACUUUUGCUAAUAUAAUAUUUUUAUAUGCUUUCCGGUGGUUUAUCAGUGAUUUAUUUUAUAUUUCACUGUUUCAAGCAGUGAAAAUAUUAGAUUGAUAUUUUUAACUGUUUUGAAAUUUUAACCCGCUCUCAGUUCCAAAUCAAACGUCAGCGCACAUAGGGCUGGGACACAAUUUCAGCGACGUCAUGUAAAUUCAUUUUAUAUUCUAUUGUCAAAGGAGUAUUCCGUUCAUAUGUCCAUUUUUAAAUUAUAUCAUUCUAGGCCAGUAGCUUUUAUCGUUAUUAAGUCACUAUACUUAUUUCUAUGUAUUUCCGGAAUAUUUAAACUGUGUAUGUCAUUUUCAAUACACCCUGUGUCCCAAGGGUGUAAUCUGCCUUUUGGGUUUCGAUCUAAUGCAAUUUUCAACCUAUUGCUUUUAAGUUCAGGCACAUAAAACAAUACUAAACUUUUUACAUUUUAUGUAUACUGAUUUUUAAGGCAGAAAGAUAAGAGUUUUAAAAUUUUGAAACGAUGACGUCAUAACAUCUUAAUGAACAUUGUGUAUUCCACAGCUGUGUUAAUUUGAACAGAAAUAUGCUGUUGCCAUUUCUUCAUCCUUUGCGGUUCGUUACAUCCGUAUGUGAACAGUAAAUGUACCAUUUCGAAUCUCAAACCUCUAUUGUUUUUUACCAAUAUGUUGUUUAAUAUAAAACAAUAUAUUGCUUCAUAUUCUUAAUCAUAUACUAUAUGAGAACUAAAUGAUUCAUAUUGAUUUAAUAAAAUAAAAACAUACUAUUUUAAUAAAAUCACUAAUCUUGUUUUGUAAUUUUAUCAUCUUUUCGUCAAGCUAAAAAAUAAUGUUAAGUCUUUACUCUGCUCAUUUAUGAUCCAUAUCAACCAAACAAAUGAAACUUUGUCAUCCUGUUCAAGACACUUCCAAACCCAUUUGGAAUACUUCGGCCAUUUUCCAUUCGGAACACUUCGGCCAUUUUACGUCGAAAUUAACCUCGGAUGUAUGCCGGUACAUCUGGUGAAAUAGUUCGUUAGUGUUUUAACGUGUAUUUAUAUAAACUAGUUCCAAUUUAUUGCCAGUAAAGUGUAUCAAUGCAUUAGUAAUUAAGAUUCCGAAGAGUAAAUUCAUUAAGCUUUACAGCUAAACUGAUAUUACUACGCGAUCUAUGUGCAGCGUAGAUAAACCUGUAAAGAUUUCUGACAUGGUAAACCGUCCAUAUACAUCCGAGGUUGUUUUCGGUGGAAAAGGGCCGGCGUGUUCCGAAUAUUCCAAAACCUACCACGAAAGCCACUCUGACACAUACCAGUAUAUCCAAUACUUUUGUUAAAGUAUCGUUUUUCUAUUGCUAUUGUUAAUGUUGUUUUGUUGUUAAAACUGUUGUUGUGCAUUGUUGAGUUGUGAAUAUUUGUCACAUAAACAUUAUUCUGCAAUUGAAGACAAAUCUUUGUACAUAGGUCUGUUAGUGUAUUUAAGGACAAUGUAUGUAUACAAUAAUUACAGACCAUUUCUGUUGUGUAUGCCAAAGAUAGUAUUUAUUGAAUCAAGAUGUAAAUAGUUCUUCUUUUUUCGAAAAGUGUACUUAUUUAUGCAUACGAAGGCGAAGUAUCGCGUUAAAUAUGAAAUAAAUUGUAACUUUAAUAUAACGA